UAAGAGUAUAUUAAUGCAGAGAAGAAGAGACAGUGAGGCCACACACUUACACUCGUAGAGAGAGAUAGUAACGCAGCUGUCACAAAUCCCUUGUCUUUCUUCCUUCUCUUUUUUUGGCCAGCAAAUUAGGCUGUCAGAUCUCUCUCUCUCUCACUCACAUCUUUUAAAAAAAAUAAUAAAUUUGUUUCCUUUCCUUAUAUAUUUUUGUUGCAAUCAUAAUCAACCAACACCUCUGUUUCAAACAACCAUCAAAUAAUAACCAUAAUACACCAUCAUAAACCAUACCUACCCUCUUCAAAUGCAAUGAUUCCACUGCUGCCAAUCGCACAUAUAUAGUACAGAGCAGAGACAUUUUAUGGAAUUUUGGCCAAGGCAAACAAAGUGAAGAAAGAGCUUAAAUGAGUGAGACAGCGACUCUUCAUGCACAAACAAGGACACCCAUUUCUUCUUUGGAUUCAAUGGCUCAUCACCACCCGCAUUAUCGGUCACCCUUCGGAGACACAACGUUCACCAAAUUGUUCGUUGGAGGACUAGCUUGGGAGACUCCCACCGAAGAAAUGCGCAAAUAUUUCGAGCAGUUCGGUAACAUUCUUGAAGCUGUCAUCAUCACUGACAAGAACACCGGAAAAUCCAAAGGCUAUGGAUUCGUAACAUUCUGUGAUCAAGAAUCAGCUAGAAGGGCAUGUGCUGAUCCAAACCCAAUAAUAGAUGGAAGAAGAGCAAAUUGUAAUAUUGCUUCUCUUGGAAGGACUAGACUAUCACCACCUAGAGGGAGGAAUGUAGUUCAAGGUGGAGGAGGAACAGCACAGGGUGUUCCGGGAGUGGGACUGCCACCGUCGCUGCCCCCGCCACCACCUGUUCUGUACCCACCAUAUGGCUAUACAACCUACACUCCUGAUUAUGGGUACCACCAAGCCACAAUGUACAACCCACAGAUUCAGCAACCACAAUACUAUCAACAACUUUAUGGAGCAUCAUCUUCUACCAUGAGCACCCCAUAUUACUAUAGUUAUUCUGUGCAAGCACCAAGAAACGCAUUUUCUUCACCCCAAGCAAAUCGCCUAUCACCUGGACCAUCCUAUCUAUACUACCCUACACCAAUGGAAGUCUCAUUCUCUGGAUAUCGUCCACCCCAACAAAUACCAAUGAGGCAAACCUUUGCUUCCCCUAAUGAUUCACAGAGUCAGCAGCGUACCUCCUCUGAAACAGCAGCCGGGGUAGCUAUAACAUCAGAAAGAUCGAAUACCCAAGGGAAGAACUAAUAAAUAUAUAUACCUGCUAAGUUUCAACUGUUUAAUCUUCAAGUCACAUUAAUUCUUCAUCUUUAUCCUCAUUAUAUUAUAAUUUUUUUAGUCCACAAGCUUUUGCUUUAGGAAAUAAUGGUUCAGUUAGCUGAUUACCGAUGUUCUCCACAGCUAUGGCAUUUUCAAAAGAUGGACUCAUCAACUUCUUCAUUCACAAUAUUAUCAUUCUCUUCUCCUUUUCUUUAGGGAUUUUCACUUUUAUAUCUAAGAUUAUACCCACUCACACAUGUAGUACGUGUUUAAUUAGUAAAAGUGUGACAAGUAAUAUGAAUAAAUGCCCUCUAUAAAAAUCCAUUAUUAAGAUUAACUUAUCACGGUACAGCACUCUUGCCUAACAAGCGCACAUAAAAUCAGACCUAUGUUCAUACUAGAAUAUCAAUCAGCUAUCAGUUUGGUGAACCCAA